AUGUCUCCUGGAGAUGUCCUGAUCCUCUGGUUGGUUUUUCCCUCCAGGGCAACUGCUUGCUUUAACUGCUUCUCCACUGCUGCCCAGCGUCUUCGCAUAUGCCAAUAUUUUUGGGGCUACAAGAGUGAGAAGCAUCAGACCUGCCUGGGGACUUUAGACACCGCCUUCCGUCCAUUUAGCAAGACCCAGUUUGUCCCUCCACCCAGGAAUAAACCAACACCCAACAUUAGCUUCUCUCUUUCCAUUCCAGAUGUAUCUGAAAUAGAGAAGCUGAAGGAUGCUUUUGGCAGGGUAGUCUUCUAUUUGGAAGAAAAAGGCAUCAGCAAAGAUUACUAGCUUCUCUUUCUGUUCUCAAAACCCCUUUCUGUGUUCCUUGCAGGCUACCAGAAAGAGGCCCACCAGUACAAAUGUUCAUCUUGUAGCAUUGUGGAUUGCCAGCUACCCAUCGACUGCCCCAUUCAGGACAUACACAAAUUGGAAGGAGAUGCAACCUUUCUCAACUGCGAAGUUACGUUCCAGACUUCCUCAGACAGGACCUUCCGAUGGAAAUUCAUCAAAGAUAUCAGGACAGAGGAACUCUUUCUCUUCCAAGUCCUUAACUUUGGGGUAAAUCCUUCCCUUCUCAUCCGACCCACUCUGGGAUCCCAUCAUGGGACGUUUGCCUGUGAACUUGAAGAGGAAGGAGAUGUGGUGAUCAGGAAGUUUUUUUAUGUCAACGUGACUGUAAAGAGGCUGGAAAAAGAGAAAAAGCUGCAGGAGAUGUUUAAAGCCAUCCUGAAUUCCCCACCAGAGGCAGUACAGGAGGAAGUGGCGGAGAACAAGUUGCCCUCAUUCAAAGACCUGCUGUCCCAGCCAGAUUAUCUCAGGAAAAGGGAGGUCAUUGUCCUUAUCCUGGGAAUAACAGUGACUUCACUGCUCCUUACUUUAGCAGUCCUGUCAUUGUAUCGCUGGGCGACGGACUUCAAGACGUGA